UCAAUUGUAGGUGCCGUCCGAUCGCAUCGGUCGCUCUCACGUCACGGACGGCCGCGGAGCGACGGAGGCGCGGAGUCGGCGGAGUACGAAGACGAAGCGCGCAGUUAACGAGUUAACAACGCGCGCGCGAGGCCAAGGUAGGCAGGCGGACGGAGUGGCAGAAAGCAGCGAUCUACCAGCGAUCGCGCCGCGACGGAAGUACGAGCGCACGACGAUUCCGCAGUAGUCGAACGAAACGCAUUCCGUCUCUAACUAUUUUUCUCCCGACCCGUGGUCUCGCGAUUCACGGGAAGGAAAAACGGGGCUGCCUUCUCGUCGGGGACUCACCGUCGUUAAUUCGUCGUCGACGGGAACAACACGUCGGGGACGCUCGGCGACGUGAGAGCACACAGCAGCGCUAGCAAUCUCGAAGAGUAUAUAGCAUGUUGAUCCGUGUAGCAGAUGGAUAAAGAUCUAUAUUGCAUUAAAGAUCCAUAGUCAUGGAACAAUACAAUGGUAUAAGUGAUGGAGAUAUUAAUAUAAGUGAUAUCAUCGACGUCAUUCAAACCACUGAUCCUGAUUCUAUGGCCACCAUAGCAAUGGACAGCGAACAUGGUCAACCAUACGUUGAGAUACUAGAACAGCCAGCUAGUAAAGCACUACGGUUUCGCUAUGAAUGCGAGGGCAGAUCGGCUGGUAGUAUACCUGGUGUCAACAGUAUACCAGAGAACAAAACAUUUCCUAGCAUACGAAUUAUGGGUUAUAAGGGUCGCGCUAUGGUGGUUGUAUCCUGCGUAACAAAGGAUUCCCCGUACAGACCUCACCCGCACAAUCUUGUUGGCAAAGAAGCAUGCAAGCAAGGUGUUUGCACGGUGGAAGUUCCAUCGGGAAACAUGGUCGUUACUUUCUCAAAUUUGGGCAUUCAGUGUGUGAAAAAGAAGGAUAUCGAAGAAGCUCUUAGAGUGCGUCAGGAGUUACGAGUAGAUCCCUAUCGAACUGGUUUUGAUCAUAAAAGACAUCCAAGUAACAUAGAUCUUAACGCGGUAAGAUUAUGUUUCCAAGUUUUCCUGGAAGGAUCGCAAAAAGGAAAAUUUAAUAAGCCAUUAGCGCCGAUUGUGUCCGAUCCUAUUUAUGAUAAAAAGGCAAUGUCAGAUCUUGUGAUUUGCAAACUGAGCCAUUGCAGCGCAUCGGUUGCUGGCAGCAUGGACAUGAUCUUGCUCUGUGAAAAAGUCGCAAAAGAAGAUAUACAAGUGAGAUUUUUUGAGGAGAGAGACGGGCAAUUAGUCUGGGAAGGUUACGGCGAUUUUCAACCGUCGCAUGUACAUAAACAAACGGCAAUAGCAUUUAGAACGCCCAGUUAUCGUACGCAGCAAGUUGAACAGCCGGUGCAAGUAUACAUCCAACUUAGAAGGCCGUCGGAUGGUGCUACGAGCGAACCGCUACCGUUUCAGAUGUUACCGCUAGGUACAGGUAGGCCUGCUUUCUGGUCUUUACGGAAAGCAUUUGCCAAGAAGAAGGCAGAUUACAGUAAAAUCUUGUCUACAGAGAUCAACGUAACUCCUAAAUUUUCUCAUAAUAUCGACGAAUUCAACAAUAAUAAUCUGGACGUAAAAAAACCGAAUAAGAUCUCCGCAUUGCGCGCUUUAAAUGAUUUGUAUAACGUAAGAAACCACAUAGAUCUAUGCAAUGGCGAUUUAAAAGCGUUAAUAAAUUCCGCACAAAACGUAGAUCAAUCCGCGAAAAGGUCCGCUUUGGAUUAUGAAAAUAACGAAGUAACGGGACGAUUAAUCUUAGGAAAAAAUAUGGAAAAUAAUAAAGAAAUUAGCAAAUUGUAUACUGCUCUUGGCAGUAAUAAUGUAGAGAAUAGUGCAUUUACUGCUGAUUGUAGGGAAGGAAUUAUCGAUGCUGUUCUUUAUGCGAAAUCCGACGCACAUGAGGACAGCACAUCCGCGACUAGAAAUAUGGAUAAUUCGCAGAAUAGAUCAGACUGGUUUGAUUAUUCCGAAAUAGGCAAAUGGGUACAGAAAGGACAAGAAGCGUGCCUUAAAGAAAAGGAUAAUGAGACUGAGAUUAAAAACGAAGCGAACGGUGGUAACAGUAAAUCAUUUAAUGAAUUUUUGUCGCAAGUGACCGAGCUCGAUCAAAUUUAUGCCGAUACACAUAACAAGUUGGUCCAAGCUGCCACGGAGACAAACAUGAAUCCACAAAUGAUGGACGUUGAUAUCUGCGACAAUCAGACAUAUACUAGUUUACAAAUGGCCAUGAAAAAUCCUAUAGAGUUGUUCGAUAUUACUGAUGACAGAAAGUACGAGGACGUGGCCGUUCCGCAACAAGAUGCGGAGGUACCAAUUGCGUCUCCGACAUUGACGGUUAAGAGAGAUGUAACGCACGAAGAAGCAGAAGAGAGAUUGCCACCUUUGCCACCGAAGCGAAUACGUAAAAUGCCGUCAAUGCCUCUUUUGUCGCAUCCAGUAUCCACUCAAACGCUCACCACUGAAGCACCAAAUAAAAAUUUACCGUCCUUACCCGAUACCUUAUCGAAACACGCGAGACAAGGGCUGUUUUCUAAAUUGUUUGCUAAGAAGAAUAAAAAGGAAAAAUGCUCGGAAUCAGAUCUAAAUAGGGAUAGCGAUCCGUCGUUGAAUACCUCAUACUUAUUGAAGAGCGCUAUACAAGAUGCUACACACUCACAAAUUCCACGUCCCAGUAUGACAAGCGUUACGAGUAUUAAAUCUUUCAAGUUAGAUGACGACGAAACACCAUCGUACGGUGUAGACUUGACUGAAGCCGAGCACUAUGCUUUGUAUACUACUAUGGCACCACGCGCGACUGCCUCAGAAUUUGACGAGAUGUCUUUUUAUUAUAGUCUAGUCGAAGGUGGAAAAAUACUGACAGAAGCGAAAGAAACCUAAACCUAAACUAUUGUUUGAUAGGUUUUAUCGCUUGAUAUUUGAUACUUCUUCUUUGUUGAUAUACUGCCAAGUUGAAAGUGACUCAAUAUUUGUAAUUUAAUAAUUUGAUAAUGAAAUAAUAUUGUUUGACUCUACCGAUUUUAUCUGCCGAAAUGUGAAAGGCAGUGUGUUGUCUUGCAUUGUAGCUACAAGCUUUUACCACUGUAGGUUCUUAUUGUAAAUUUUUGCAGUUUUGACGCUACACUCGUUUAACCUCUAGAGGACCGGCUCUUUUUGGACAACUUGUAGUUUAGCGCUAAAACAUUUUUAUCCUUGUCAAUAAGUUGAACUACGAAAAAGAUAUCGCUCCAGCGUUUGAUAUUAGGCUUCCGGUCCCGAAGAGGUUACGGAUAUACUUAUAUCUUUAAAUCAAAGAUUUUUUCAAACAAAAAGGAAAAAUUCGGGAAUUAUUUCCUAAGACACGUUGCCACAUAAAAUGAAUCGAUUCUUAAAACAAGAUCGACGCAUUUAUCUAAGUGUGCAGAAUUCUAGUCUAGUCGAGGUGCAAUAUUUGUUAUCUUUUUCUUAAUAUUUCCUAUUAACAGUUUUUACACGUGAU